AAUCCAGCGCGGCGCUGCUGGAACUGCUGCUCACUGGCCAAUCUCUACCAUAGAAAAUCUCUGGCAGCCAAGCCGCUGUCUUGACUGUGCAAAAGACGGCAAAGGAGCGACCGACCGGCGGGGGAGGCAGGAGCUGCGAAGGAGAGGACGGGAGCAGUUUGAGUCCGUGUCCCGCAUUUGGAAUAAGCGAGACUCUCAAUUCCCUCUUGACGGCUGAAGUAACUCCUCCGUAACCUUCAGAGAGGACUUUUUUUUAAUACUGACUUUAGGAGUCCUUGAAGCCGCCGCCGCUUUGAACUGUGAAGAAACUACAGAUAUUCGGCUUUUGCUGCUCUGGACGAAGAAUGGGAUUUAAAGAACAUAUCAGCCAGUGAGUUGUUAAAAAAAGAGAAAAGAAGGGCUUGUACAUUUCAAUUGUGCAUUGGGAGCGUUUUUCUCAAGAGGUGGACGUUUGAAAAGCGUGGAAACAUGGCAACUCCUGGCUGGAAAAAAGAGGCAAACGAUGGUAUUUAGGAACGCAGAAAAGUAAGGUUAGCUCCCUUGGUUAGCCAGAAAGCUAGCCUAGCUAGCAGCUCCCUAAGCCUGUGUUGCCCUUCCAUUCCUGGAGCAGAGGAGGGGCGCUGGGGCUUUUGUAGCAUUGCAGAUCCUCCUUGUGUGUGUUUUCGGGGAUUGCUGGUAGAAUGAAGAAAUAUCCGCCGCAGUCCCAACUCUGGGAGGUCUGAGAACGUAUAAAUAAAAAUACCCCCCACCUAAAAAAAAACCACCAGUUAGCAUUGCGAUCUCCUAAGCAAAUCAGUCUGCCUGGGGCAGUUCGGCUCCCUAAUUGUGACUUCUUGUUUUCUUAUGUACCCCGUGGGGGUAUGUAUUAAAAUGGGCAGCUUUUUACACUCCCGAAAGACAUCGAAAACAAAUGGAAAUGUGGACUUUUAAGCGGCAUUAGCCUCAAGAAAAGUUAUUUUAAAACAUUUUUUUCCCCGAGACAUCCUCAAGGUGAGAGAACUUCUCUACAGGCCCCUCUGCGCCACGCAGGCCGAGGAGGUGUUUUGCCCCCAUUUUUCCCCCCUCCCCAGCAUCAUUACUUCAACAAGCCGGAGCGAUCAUGUCGGGAGAGGUGCGUUUGAAGAAGCUGGAGAAGCUGAUCCUGGACGGACCGGCCCAGUCUAACGGCCAGUGUCUGAGCGUGGAGACGCUGCUGGACAUCCUGGUCUGCCUCUACGAUGAGUGCAACAACUCCCCCCUCAGAAGGGAGAAAAACAUCCUGGAGUUUCUGGAUUGGGCCAAACCAUUCACCUCCAAAGUGAAGCAAAUGCGCCUUCACAAAGAAGACUUUGAGAUACUUAAGGUGAUCGGACGAGGCGCCUUUGGAGAGGUUGCUGUGGUAAAAGUGAAAAACACAGAUAAAGUUUUCGCCAUGAAGAUCCUCAACAAAUGGGAGAUGUUGAAGCGAGCAGAGACUGCGUGUUUUCGGGAGGAGCGAGACGUGCUGGUAAACGGAGACUGCCAGUGGAUCACCACCCUGCACUACGCCUUCCAGGAUGACAAUAAUCUGUACCUGGUUAUGGACUACUACGUGGGCGGGGACCUGCUGACUCUCCUCAGCAAGUUUGAGGACCGUUUGCCUGAAGAUAUGGCCAAGUUCUACCUUGCUGAAAUGGUGUUGGCCAUUGAUUCUGUCCACCAGCUACACUACGUCCACAGGGACAUCAAGCCGGACAACAUUCUGCUGGAUAAGAAGGGUCACAUCCGCCUGGCAGACUUCGGCUCCUGCCUUAAACUCAUGGAGGACGGAACUGUCCAGUCCUCGGUGGCAGUGGGAACUCCAGACUACAUUUCCCCAGAGAUCCUUCAGGCCAUGGAGGAUGGAAAAGGAAAGUACGGCCCCGAGUGCGACUGGUGGUCUCUGGGUGUGUGCAUGUAUGAAAUGCUGUACGGCGAGACUCCUUUCUAUGCAGAGUCCCUGGUGGAAACCUAUGGGAAGAUCAUGAACCACAAGGAGCGAUUCCAGUUCCCGCAGCAGCUAACCGAUGUGUCAGAGGAAGCCAAAGAUCUGAUUCGCCGGCUCAUCUGCAGUCGGGAGCACAGGCUGGGCCAGAACGGCAUUGAGGACUUCAAGCAGCACCCUUUCUUCUCUGGCAUUGAUUGGGACAACAUCCGUACUUGUGAAGCCCCCUACAUCCCAGAAGUCAGCAGUCCCACAGAUACCUCCAACUUUGACGUUGAUGACGACUGUCUAAAAAACUCUGAGACCAUGCCUCCUCCGUCGCACACAGCCUUCUCUGGUCACCAUCUGCCCUUUGUUGGUUUCACCUACACAAGUAAAUGCACCUUUUCAGAUCGGGGCUGUCUGCGGCAGCUCUCGGGGGAGCGGGGUCAGACGGGGGAGGACCAAGUGGACCUGGAUGUGAAGCGCAGGCUGGAGGACAGCCUGGCCACUGAGGCCUACGAGAGGAGGAUACGGCGGCUGGAGCAGGAGAAGACGGAGCUGAGCCGCAAGCUGCACGAGUCGACUCAAACGGUUCAGGCGCUCCAGCAUCCGACCACAGAGAGCCCCCUCAGCUCCACCAAAGAGGUGGAGAUAAGGAGCCUGAAAACUGAGAUUGAAAUCCUCAAGAAACAGAUAGCAGAAUCUGGCCAACUGGAGAAGAAGCUGGAGGAUGUGACGUCAAGUCGCAGGGACCUGGAGGAUUCAUCUAAACACGUCAGGACUCUGGAGAAACAGCUGAAGAGCCUGACCCAGGAGAGGGACGAGAUGCAGAAGGACCUGGUGGAGGCCAGCGAUAGGCUGAAGUCUCAGUCCAAGGAGCUGAAGGAAGCUCACAGCCAGAGGAAGCUUGCCAUGCAGGAGUUUUCUGAGCUCAACUCGACACUAACAGACCUGCGGUCUGCAAAGCAGCGCCUUGCUCGUCAGCUGCGUGACAAGGAGGAGGAGAUGGAAACGCAGAGUCAAAAGGUUGAGGCUCUCCGCCUUGAGGUGCGAAAGGCUGAGAGGGCUAAGAAGGAGGUCGAGGUGCUGGCAGAGGAGCAUGCAGCCGAGGCUCAGAAGGAGAAGAAGAUCAGGGAGCGGAAUGAGCAGUACAGCAGGCAGCUGGAGGAGGAGCUGGAAGGCCUGAAGUCAAAACAGUCUGGCUCCUCGGUCACGCCGGCCGCAGCAGACCAGACGCAGGAGGUGGGCCACCUGCGUGGAGAGAUGGAGAGGAAGACGCUCUUGUACGAGGAGGAGCUGGCUCGAAGGGAGGCGCAGCACAGCACCGAGCUAAAGACCCUGCGGAAGGAGCUGAGAGACGCUGAGAGCCAGCAGCUGACCCUACAGAAGGAGAUCCUGAUGCUCAAAGACAAGCUGGACCAGGCUCGCCGCCGAAGCAUAAUUGACCGAGAAGAGAUUGAGAUGGAGUACAAGCAAAAGUACGAGACAGAACGAGUUCUGCUCACAGAGGAGAACAAAAAGCUGUCCAAUGAUCUAGACAAGCUGAGCAGAAUGUUUGAGAAGGUGAGCAGCUCCCAUCAGCAUCUGGAGGACGAGAUGAAGGAGCUGGCUGACAAAAAGGAGAGCGUGGCCCACUGGGAGGCGCAGAUCACAGAAAUCAUCCAAUGGGUGAGUGAUGAGAAGGACGCUCGGGGUUACCUUCAAGCUCUGGCCACUAAGAUGACGGAGGAACUGGAGGGGCUGAAGAACACCAGCCUUGGAGCCAGAGCCACAGACAUGCCAUGGAAGAUGCGGCGUUUGGCUAAGCUGGACAUGUCGGCGCGGCUGGAGCUGCAGUCCGCUCUGGACGCCGAGAUCAAAGCCAAACAAGCCAUCCAGGACGAGCUGACCCAAGUCAAGGCCGACUGCUUUUCCACAGAGGGAAAACUGCAGGACAUGGAGAGUAAAAACAAGGAGCUUCUGGCUGAGAUUGAACAUCUGAAGAAGGAGACGGAGGAGCUGCGGCUCAGAAGAGGUGUCAAGCACCAGGAUUCCCAGAAUUCUUUCUUGGCUUUCCUUAACGCCCCCACCUCGGCCCUCGACCAGUUCGAUCGCUCGCCAUCCGUCGGCCCGGGUAGCAAAGGCAGACGUGUGGACUCUGUGGACAACUUCACCCCGUCCAACACGCCGUCCCGGGACGACGACCCCAAGUCCCACAUCAAGUCCCGCUCCCGCUCGCCCUCCAUGGCCAGUGACAUGGAGCCCAUAGAGCUGAUCGACCAUCAGCCCCGCUCGGUGCAGACCCCCACCAUGCGCUCGGGGGGUUAUGGCAGCAUGGGCCGCUGCUCGCCGAAGCCCAAAGCACAUCAGUUUGUGGUGAAGUCCUUCAGCGCCCCUACCAAGUGUAACCAGUGCACCUCACUCAUGGUGGGGCUCAUUCGACAAGGCUGCAUGUGUGAAGUGUGUAACUUCUCCUGUCAUGUGACCUGUGCGGACAAAGCUCCGGCCGUGUGUCCCGUCCCCCAGGAUCAGACUAAGGGUUCGCUGGGGAUCGACCCCCAAAGGGGCAUCGGUACCGCCUAUGAAGGCUACGUCAGGGUGCCCAAACCCACCGGGGUGAAGAAGGGCUGGCAGAGGGCGAUGGCUGUAGUCUGUGACUUCAAGCUCUUCCUCUACGAGCUGGGAGAAGGAAAAGCCGCACAGCCGAGCGUCAUCGUCAGCCAAGUCAUCGAUAUGAGAGAUGAAGAGUUCUCCGUCAGCUCCGUCUUAGCCUCAGACGUCAUCCAUGCCAGCCGCAAAGACAUUCCCUGUAUCUUCAGAGUGACGGCCUCCCACCUGUCCGCCUCCAGCAGCCAAAAGACCUCCAUCCUGAUGCUGGCGGACAGCGACCAGGAGAGAAACAAGUGGGUGGGGCUCCUCGGUGAGCUCCACCGCAUCCUCAAGAAAAACAAGCUGAAGGACCGCUUUGUCUACGUCCCGAAGGAGGCGUACGACAGCACGCUGCCGCUCAUCAAGGGCACCCAGUCUGCUGCCAUCAUAGAUCACGAACGUGUGGCGCUGGGCAAUGAGGAAGGCCUUUUUGUCAUCCAUGUUACCAAAGAUGAAAUCAUCCGGGUGGGCGACAACAAAAAGGUUUACCAGAUUGACCCCAUCCCCCAGGAGCACCUGCUAGCGGUCAUCUCAGGCAAGAACCGCCACGUCCGCCUCGUCCCCAUAAUGGCGCUGGACGGACGUGAGACCGAUUGCCAGAAGCUAGUUGAAACUAAGGGCUGCCAGAGGAUCGCGUCCGGUCCAGUCCGAAACGGCUCGCUCAUGUGCCUUUGUGUGGCCAUGAAGACUAAAAUCAUCUGUUAUGAGGUGAAUAGGAGCAAAGCCCAUUACCGCCGUCUGCGAGACGUUCAAGCUCCUGCUGCGAUUCAGUGGAUGGGUCUGUUUGGAGAUCGCCUUUAUGUGGGGUACCAGUCGGGCUUCGUGCGCUACAGCAUCCCUGACAACAUGGCCAUGGUGAGCCUCCUCCACCCCGAGGACCACACGCUGGCCUUCAUCCCACAGCAGAACCUGGAGGCGCUGUGCGCCGUGGAGAUCUCCAGCAAAGAGCUGCUGCUCUGCUUCAGCUCCAUCGGGGUGUACGUGGACUCACACGGCCACCGCUCACGCCAGCAGGAGCUCAUGUGGCCGGCCACGCCCAACGCUGCCUGCUACAACGCCCCCUACCUGUCAGUGUACAGCGAGAACGCCGUGGACGUGUUUGACGUCAACACCAUGGAGUGGAUCCAGACCAUUCCUCUCAAGAAGGUACGACCUCUGAAUGUGGACGGCUCUCUGAACCUGCUGGGCCUGGAAACUGUGCGCCUCAUCUACUUCAGAAACAAGAUGGCCGAGGGCGAUGAGCUGGUCGUCCCGGAGACGUCAGACCAGAGCAGGAAGCAGAUGGUGCGCAGCAACAACAACAAGAGGAGAUUCUCGUUCCGAGUGCCUGAAGAGGAGCGCCUUCAACAGAGAAGAGAGAUGCUGCGAGACCCAGAGAUGAGGAACAAACUGAUCUCCAACCCCACCAACUUCAACCACGUGGCCCACAUGGGACCAGGAGACGGGAUCCAGAUCCUCAAAGACCUGCCCAUGAACCUCCGUCUUCAGGAGAGCCGCGCAGGAUUCAGCGGCUCCGCCAGCAUCGCCUCCAUCACCAAGAACCGGGGGGAGCCGGGCCGCUCUAUGAGCGCCAGCAGCGGACUGGGCAUACGCCCGUCCUCCCAGAACGGCAGCGCUCUGCGGCGGGAGCUGUCGGGAGGAAGCUAUGGGUCCAAACGGCAGACCAUGACGUCUCCCUCGGAGAGCUCCCUGUCCUCUGGAGGAGGGAUGGACUGCAUCGACGCUCCUCUCUCGCAGUUCGACAAGGAGUGGCAGGCGGUCUCCCCGUCGGAGAAGACCCCCGAUCUGAAAAGGGCUUUAAGGACCCUGCUUAGUAAGAUGAAGGACUCGGACUCCCCCCGUCAUUCCACGGCCUCCAACAGCUCCACCUUCAGCAGCCCCCCCAGCCCGGCGUCCCCACACAAGACCAAGUCCCUCUCCCUGGAGAGCACGGACAGAACGGGGUGGGACACAUGAGCCCCCCGCCUUUCCCCCAACCCCCUCACCCCACCCAUCCAGCCCAGCAGCUCAGGACUCCAACCCCCACCCCCCACAGAACUGCACCUUCCACCUCCUUCCUGCUCCACAUAAACACGUUCUUCCAUGAGUGACGAACACGGCGAGCGUGACGUUUCUUUGAGGGAGGGGUCGUUGUAAAGUAGAGAUGUUGCCCCCCCCUCCCCGAUGCAAAAGAAGAGGAUUUGUACUUGUACAUAGGACCGGCAUUCGGGGCUUCGGGGGACACUUUUAAUUUAUUUCCCAGAUGGGGAGGCAGAAAGGUGGAGUUCCGCCCCCUCCCCCUGACUUCCUUCAGCCGCUUUUUUGGGGUGCAGCAAAAGAAAAAAAGUGUUUCAAAAAAAACAAAAAGAUUUUUAUUUGUUUUUUUGCUCAUAAGUGCAGUGACUUAAUAUUUUUAAUUUUCUCCGUCAAACUGACAUCACAGCUCUGCUCGGCCGUGGGGGGGUCGCCGUCCUACGUCGUAGCGUUCUACUAUGCUGUACAACCAAACCCACACACUCCUCCCAUCACCAGUGUACAUAGGUUCAAAGUAGAGAGUAAUAUAUGAUAAGGAAAAUACUAUAGAAAGCGACACGAUGAAUCUUUCUGUUUUUGGAGAUUUUCUUUUCAGACACAAAAGCCAUUUUUAACCACUUGUGUGUGUGUGUGUUUUUUUUCUUUUUCUAAAGAUGUUUUUUUUUUUAUUUCUCCUCCCUGAAGUCUUGUUUGAAAGAAGCUCCGCCUCCUUUUUGUGCCGAUCCCUACAGGAAAUCUAGAUGCUAAAACCAGAAUGUAAAACAGUGGAUGGAAGCAGAAGCAGAGUCACCAAACCUCUUCAUCCUGAUCAGACGUGGAAGCAGAAUGGAUGAUGGUAGCAUCAGGGGGGAAAAGCACAUUCUUCUACACCCAGACCUGCUUCAUUCCUCUAUUACCAACAAUAAGGGAAGCAACUGUAAACCCAUUCCAAUUGGUGCUUUUUUAAAUGGAUUUCUAAGCUGAUUUUUACUCCAAACAAAAGCGACUUUUACCCCCUCGGCUUUCCUGAUGUCCAGAGGAGCUUGGAGUGCGAGGGCCUUGAAGCUGGCUGUGAUGAAGGGCGACGGCUGAAGUGCCACAAGAUCUAAACUUCAAACGCCUUUACAUUUCAGUGAGGUCUUAUCUACAGUAACCUUCUAUAUUGUUUUUGCUCUUUCAUAUCACUACACCUAUGGUUUUUUUUAGGAUUGCUUUGUAAUAAUUUGUACAGUUUUGCAUGUUAUAGAUGUAAUCAUCGUUUUAUUCGGUUUUACUUCAUGGAAGUUUUGGGCGUUUUCGUUAUUUUUUUGUUUUUGUUUUUUUUUGAGGAUAACCCACUACAGGCAAUGUAGAUUCUUUUGCACAAAAAUUAUUUAAGGUGUAAGGUCAAAACAAACAAAAAAAAACAAUGUAUGAAACUGGUUGCCACGGCGAUGUGGAGAACUCAUAUUAACCAUACUCCGGUGUAUUUCAAUAAAGCGGAGGGCUGUUACAAACAUGA